AUGGCAGACCAGACCAAAGUAACUAGCCUCUUUUGUCUGUUUCAUGAAUAUGGAGCAUGGGCUGCAGAGUGUUUGAAUGUCCAGGUUGUGGACAGGCAGGUGCAAUGCUAUGAGAAAAAAAGUAGCACUUUGGGCGAACACAACGGCAAGCUGCUGCUGCUGCUGCUGGGAGCCCACACCAGGCCCCUUCUCAGGCCCCCUCCCCUUCUCGCCCACUCCCCCUCUCCAGCCACCUCACCCUCUCCGGCCCACACCCCCUCUCCAGCCACCUCACCCUCUCCGGCCCACACACCCUCUCCAGCCACCUCACCCUCUCCAGCCCACUCCCCCUCUCCAGCCACCUCACCCUCUCCGGCCCACACCCCCUCUCCAGCCACCUCACCCUCUCCGGCCCACACCCCCUCUCCAGCCACCUCACCCUCUCCAGCCCACUCCCCCUCUCCAGCCACCUCACCCUCUCCGGCCCACACCCCCUCUCCAGCCACCUCACCCUCUCCAGCCCACUCCCCCUCUCCAGCCACCUCACCCUCUCCGGCCCACACCCCCUCUCUUUCCCAAUCUCCCUCUCCGGCCCAAUCCCACUCUCUUUCCCAAUCCCCCUCUCCCGCCCAAUCCCACUCUCUUUCCCAAUCCCCCUCUCCGGCCCAAUCCCACUCUCUUUCCCAAUUCCCCUCUCCAGUCCAAUCCCACUCUCUUUCCCAAUCCCACUCUCUUUCCCAAUUCCCCUCUCUGCCCCCCUCCCCCUCUGUGUCCCAAAAAAACACUCCACCACCCUAUCAUUCACAAACCCCCUCUGUAAGGACCUCCCCCUUCCAUACGCUUACACAAUUAGACCUUCCUUCCCCCAUCCAGCACCCAUCCCCCAUCCAGCCAACCUCACCCAUCCAGCCUCCAUCCCCCAGCCAGCCACCUUCGCCACCAUGUGAAUGGGCAGCAGAGGCCCCGGAGCCACUUGAGGGAGGUGGGCAAGUGGCAGAGGAGAAUGUUGCAGUUGGAGAUCCCACAACUUUGCCAGGAAUUGUGGCCAGGAUUCAAAACAAUUUGAGGGCCGUGCUGGACGAUUUUGAAUUGUUAGAAUCAUUUUUCUAAAAAUUUAUUUUACAUUUUUGU